AUGAAUCCCGUUGUACUGCAGCCGUUUGGCUAUUAUGCGAUGUUAAGUUUUACUCUGGAACGAGUGUGGCUGGAAGAAAAUUCAGCCGGUUUUCACCUGAAACGAAGGUCUCGCGGACUGCGUAAACCUGAACGUCGUAUAGAAGCCAAACGGCUACAGUACAACGGAAUUCAUCCGUCCUCUUCUGAUGAGAUCGACCAACGAAUCUCUUUUCACGCACUUUCAUACGAAAUGAAACUGUUAUCUCAGGCGAUUCAUCGAAACCCAGUUUCUCUUCUUUAA